AUGAACAAAUGGCCUGGCCUGAUCAGCGCUAAAUUCAAUGUUCAUGAAGAUUCCGGAUCUGAAAUGAUAGGUUAUAGUGAGCGGACGAAUGAUUUGACGGACUUCGCAAAUCCCAAGGAUUACAUUGAACAAUUAGAAGAUCGCGUCGCAGAUUGCAGUCAGGAAAAUCAGGAACUGAAAGCACAAGUAGAACUUCUUACUCGUCAGCAUCAAUCCGUUCUCUCACAGUUGCGUAAACUACAAGCAGCACUUGGCCAAAGCACUCGCCGAGGAGCUCAAGCAGGCACAUGUCUAGCUGUUCUCCUGUUAUCGGUAUGCCUCCUCGUUGCCCCUCAUCUCAACCCUUUGCAAACCAAACAGAGAGCAGUAGAAUCAGAAGAGGCCACACGUGCUGCCUCCCGCCAACCGAACAACCUCAGUUUACAGGAGGUGUCUAGGCGAGCUCCAGCACAAGCUCGCUCUCGAACAUUAAUGGAGUACGUUUCGAAAGGUGGUCAAUGCCCACAGGAACCAGAUGUACCCAAGGCAGUAGAAGCGCCGACCGUACCCGCUGUUAAGUCACCUAGACAAGAUGGACCUAUCCUAACAAAGCGUCGAACGUUUGCUACAACGCCGCCAGUGCCUAAUUCUGGUGGGGGAAUCAAUUACCUUCAGGAACCGAAACUCGAAUAUAAAUCAGAAGGAAUUGUGUACACAGCAUCCGGAGGCAUACGUCUGACAAAUUUUACCAAUCAACGAAUCUACAGCUCUCAUCCCCACAGUCAACAGCAGCAAUACCGUACCCAACCACCUGUGAAGAGGAUCAAAGCUGAGCUGUACUGA